AUGAGUUCUGUUGAAUACCACUAUCCCGUGAUCGGCCGCAAGGGCACUGGAGGCAUAUUUGAUCGCUUACCUAUCCAGACGCUGGAGAAUGACCAUCCCUACCAAUUCGCAUUAUUCAUCCUUGCUUUUAAUACGAUCCAGCAGCGUUCCGAUACUCCCAAAGUUGUGGAAGAGCCUGCAGCUACCUUCAUGGAAAUUGCGUCAAUUCACGGCAAGCCUUAUGUUGAAUGGGCUGGCGACCGCAACAAUGACAUCUCAGCCGACUAUAGUGCCACUGACAAGAAAGAUACUAAUCCUGUUCCUUCUAGAUUUGGAGGUUAUUGCAACCAUGGCGCUGUUGUGUUUCCCACCUGGCACCGCCCAUAUGUUAUGCUUAUUGAGCAAUCGAUUGGAAACGUCGCUGAAAAAUUGGCCCACGACAUUGAAGCUGAUAACCGGAAUGAAAAUGGAAUAUGGAUUAAAGCUGCAAAGGAACUGCGUUUUCCAUACUGGGACUGGGCCAGUAAGGAUGUACCCGAGAAUGGCCUUCCUCCUGUUCUGUACGAAGAAAAAGUCGAAAUCAUGGCUGCUGGAGGUAAAAAGCAAAUCGUUGAUAAUCCGCUCUCAUUUUUCUCCUAUGUCGGCGGAGUUCCAUUCGAAUUUAGCGACGAGAAGGAUGACUCGACAGGACAAGUGGCGUAUUUCUCCAGGUGGCAGAGGACAUACCGCCACGCUUCUAGUACACCAGAUCCUGAGGGUAGCCGCAUAGACUUGUUGCAAAAGACAUUCAAAGCCGGAGCAAAUGAUCUGAGGCGCAGAGUCGCCCAACUCUUUGCGUUCAGUGAUGACGAAAAUUCCGCGAUAGCCUGGGACGAGUUCUCUAAUCAUACCGCGGAAUCGAAGAGAGAUAUAGACUUCAUCAACCGUGGGUCGCUUGAAGGUGUGCACGACACUGUUCAUUUAUCGCUCGGUGGGAAUGGACAAAUGAGUUACCCAGACUACGCCGGUUUCGAUCCUAUCUUUUUCCUUCACCAUUCAAAUGUGGACAGACUAUUUGCUCUAUGGGAGUGGUGCUACCCCGAAUACUGGAUGGGAAGCGGAUAUGAACGCGAUGGGGAACAGUACCCUUGGACACAGGCACGUGGUACGUAUGCGCAAGUUUACAACGAACAACUCCUUGCAGACGGGCCGCUUCAACCAUUCCGAACGGAACAAGGAGACUACUGGACCUCUUCUCAGGCCCGAUUUCUGCAUGAGCAAAGCUACCCCAAGUAUUAUUCAUUCCUGGAGUUCGAAGGAAUUAAGGUCGAUCAAGCUGCCACAUCAUUUCAAGAGCGUGCCUCUGCGCGCAAAAGGGUGCAAGCCUACUAUGGUUUUGAUCCGCAAACCAAGGCGAAACAAGUGGGCUUGCACGCUUGGAAGCACCUACCUGUUCCAAACAAGGAAGAUCCUGCCGUGCCAAGCGAUCAUACCAUUAUACCUCACUACCGCACAUUCGCUGUACAUGUGAAACUUCUGGAGCAUGCAUACAACCGCUCUUAUUCAUUCCAACUUCACCAUAAAGGGAAUGCUCAUUCGAGUCCGCAGCUCGUAGGUACCAUUUCCGUCUUUGCACGACCAGACCAUUCUCCUUGUAAAGCGUGUGCUGUGCGUCGUGAGGCGGGAUCCGUAGUCCGCGGGAUGAUUCCAAUUCCUCCCGAGUUGAUUGAGAGCAUCAUCAAAUCAAACAGAGGUGGAAAAUCUUCGUUCGACCAGACCCUCGCUCACAUCAAGGGGGAGUUCGUUGGAAGGCUUGUGGAUGCUACUGGCUCAGAGCUUGCCGGGGCUGAGGGAGGGCUGGAGGUGACCCAGGUACCACAACACUGUGCCGCUUCUCGCACAGUUAUUCCCAUAGAAAUUUCUCUGGUGUCGGCCGCUAUUGCUGAGCACGUAGAGGACAAGAAUCGUCCUGUUCAUUUAUGUGACUGGCAGCACCACGACAGUAUCUUUAACGGUGGCUGGCUGGCGACUCACAAGGAUUCGGUGUGAUGCGGCGCGCUUGGAUGUCGAACUACUUGGAUUUGAUAAUCUAGCCAAUUCGCAAAGAAUUUAAUACAUGUAUGAUAUGAAUUACUUAUCAGAAUUCUUUCUUCCCUUCAUUUGGU